AUGGCUUCAGGCGCGCAUCCAUCAGGCCUCCCAGAUUGGAACAACCUUGAUGUUCUGCACAAAGGCACACUUCCAGUCCGCGCCUAUUUCCACAACUACGCAUCUGAAGCCGACGCGUUGACUUACGAUGUUGUAAAGUCCAAGACGCACAGCCUCUCCGGGACAUGGAAAUUCGAGCAUGCUUAUUCUCCCUUCGAGGCUCCUGAAGGCUUCGAGGCAACGUCGUACGAUACAUCCAAAUGGAGCGAUAUUGCUGUACCUGGCAUGUGGCAGCUGCAAGGAUUUGGAAAGGGCCCGCAAUACACGAAUGUCCAGUACCACAUCCCAGUCGACCCUCCCAACGUCCCUUUCACGGAGAACGAGACUGGCUCGUACGUGAGGAAGUUCAGCGUGCCAGAAGAUCUCAAGAACGGCCAGAUUCGCCUCAGAUUCGAAGGUGUUGACUCUGCAUUCCAUGUCUGGGUUAAUGGAAAAGAGAUUGGCUAUUCUCAGGGAAGCAGGAACCCUGAUGAGUUUGACAUUACAUCGGUAGUUGACUUGAACGGCGAGAACACUCUUGCAGUUCGAGUGUACCAGCAUUGUGAUGGCACGUACAUCGAAGACCAAGACCAGUGGUGGCUCUCUGGAAUAUUCCGAGACGUGUUCUUAGUCGGGUUCUCUAACAACUCCCGCAUCGAGAAUGUAUUCGCUCAGACCAUCUUGGACUCCUCGUACGUCAACGCCGAGCUCAAGGUCAAGGUUAGCGCCACUGGCUCUGGUACGAUUUCCAUCAAGCUCCUGGACGCGGAGAAGCGUGUUGUGGCUUCGAAAGAGGCGGAUGCAAUCACGGGCUCUACAACAGAUUUCAGCAUCCCUGUUGAGGAUCCCUUGAAGUGGACUGCCGAAUCGCCCAACUUGUACCAUUUGAUCGUCUCGCUCGACUCGGCACAAUACGUCGCGCAUCGUAUUGGUUUCAGGCAAGUCGAGAUGAAGGAUGGACUGAUUAAGGUCAACGGCCAGAGGAUUGUGUUCCGCGGUGUCAAUCGCCACGAACACCAUCCCAAGUUUGGACGGACGAUCCCGCUCGAUUUCCUCAAGCGCGACCUCCUGACGAUGAAGCAACACAACGUGAACGCUAUUCGGACGUCACAUCAGCUGAACGACCCAAGACUGUACGCAUUGGCAGACGAAAUGGGAUUCUGGGUCAUGGAUGAAGCAGAUCUGGAAUGCCACGGAUUUGAGUGCAUCGCCGAUGCUGCGCUUGACUCGAAAGAGCGAGCACUUCCCUUCCGCGAGCGCCAGCUUCUGACCAGAUCUAAGGCGGCUGAGUGGACCACGAACAAUCCAGACUGGACCCAUGCGUAUGUUGAUCGUGCUGAGCACUUGGUGAAGAGAGACCAGCUACACCCCUCUAUCAUCGUAUGGAGCUUGGGCAAUGAAGCCUUCUUCGGUCGAAACUUCAAGGCCAUGUACGAGCACAUUAAGGCAUAUGAUGACAGCAGGCCUAUCCACUAUGAGGCUGACAUCUUCGCCGAGACCAUGGACAUGUACUCCAGGAUGUACCCGCCAGUCGAUGAGAUUGUCAAGUUUGCCGAAGAUAAGAGCAAGACUAAGCCUCUCGUGUUGUGCGAGUUCAUUCACGCAAUGGGUAACGGGCCCGGCAAUAUCAAGGAGUACAUUGACGCCUUCUACAAGUACCCCACACUGCAGGGCGGUUUUGCUUGGGAGUGGGCAAACCACGGUCUCCUCACCAAAGACAAGCAGACAUCGGAAGAGUUCUACGCCUAUGGUGGUGACUUUGACGAGGAAGUCCACGAUGGUACCUUCGUUAUGGACGGGCUGGUCAACUCGGAUCACAGCCCUAACGCUGGCUUGGUGGAGUACAAGAAAGCAAUUGAGCCUGUGCAGCUACUCGAGUCCGACGGAAAGAAAGCCAAGUUCAUCAACCGAUAUGACUUUGUGACGCUGGAUCACCUGACGCUGCAGUACUCUACCGUAUCCGAGUCUGGCGCGGACGCUCAGAAUGGGUUGAUCAAGAUUCCAUCUGGAGUUGCAGCAGGCCAAUCGUUUGAGAUUGAUUUGCCAGAGGUUGGUGAUUCUGGAAGCGAGGUUCUAUUGAGCCUUUCGUUCCAGCUGAAGAACGGAACGCCCUGGCUGGAGAAAGGCUUCGAGAUCGCCACUGCACAAGUGCCUGUCGUGCCGUCUCUUUCGCUGAAAACGCUGUCGACCUCAGACAAUAAGCUCACCGUCGACACCACCUCGCGAAACGCUCUCAAGAUCACCAGUGGCAAGUCGACAUGGAUCUUCAACACCCUACACGGCACUCUCACAACUUGGAGCCGGGACUCGACCAACAUCAUCACCAAAGCGCCAGAGCUCGACAUUUUCCGGGCGCCCACCGACAACGACAUCCCGCAAGACGGCUGGGACUGGGACGACAAGAAAGUCCACCUUGCGAAGCCGUUUGUGCGCAAAGUCGAAUGGUCGCAGCCCAGCAGCACAGAGCUGCAAGUAACCGUGCACCAGCGAAUCGCACCUCCCGUCUUGUCCUGGUCCAUCAACAGCAUCCUACUGUACACAUUCCGCGCCGACGGCUCGCUGUCCAUCCGCGCCAACGGCAUACCGCAGGGUGAGAACCUGCCGCGCACACUCCCGCGCAUCGGGCUCGUCACAGAGCUAUCCCCCCAGUUCCAGCACGUCGAGUGGUUCGGCCGCGGUAGAGGCGAGUCGUACCGCGACAGCAAGCUCUCGCAGCCCGUGGGCAGGUACAGCGUGCCGAGCAUCGACGAGCUGUGGGUCGACUACGAAGUCCCGCAGGAGAGCGCGAACCGCACCGACACGCGGUGGGUGCGUAUCAGCGACGGCACGACGGCGCUGCUGGCGCAGUUCGUCGACGUCAAGAACGGUAGUCAGAACCGGACGACGUUUGAUUUCCAGGCCGCGCACUACCGCAUGCGCGACGUUGCUGCGGCGAAGCAUCCGCACGAGCUGAGGAGGAAGAAGACGCAGCAGGUCGUGCUGAGGCUCGAUGCCCAGCACCAUGGCCUAGGCAGCGGGAGCUGUGGACCGCGGACGCUGGACGAGUAUGCGCUGCUAACGGGGCCGUUUGAGUUUGAGAUACUGCUGCAGGUCGAGUAG